AUGGCGCCCAGAAAAGCUUCUCACGCGGGCUCGUGGUACUCAGACAGCCAACGUCAUCUGACUCGUCAGUUGGAUCAAUGGUUGGGUCAGGUUCCUGAUGAGAUCCAGGGUAUAGGACGUUUGCCUGUGCCUGGUGCUCGUGUUGUUAUUGCUCCACAUGCGGGAUAUGCAUAUUCAGGUCCUUGUGCUGCUUAUGCGUACAAAGCGUUGGACUUGUCGAAGGCGAAACGCAUAUUUGUCCUUGGACCAUCGCACCACCACUACCUCUCGACUCUGGCUCUCCCACAGCUAACAUCCUAUUACACCCCGUUAUCCAAUGACCCCCUCCCGCUGGACACCGAACUCAUCACCAAGCUCCUGGCAACCAAAGCCAUCAGGCCCGACGGUACCACUGUCAACUUCACAACCAUGACACGGUCGAUCGACGAAGACGAGCACAGCAUCGAGCUCCAUCUCCCCUACAUCCAUCGUCUCCUCCAACUCCAGCAUCCCAACACCCCAACCUCGCAAUACCCUCCUCUCGUCCCGAUCAUGGUUGGAGCGACCUCUGCCGCGACAGAACACGCGUUUGGAACCCUCCUGGCGCCAUAUCUGGCUGACCCGUCGAAUGCCUUCGUCAUCAGCUCGGACUUUUGUCACUGGGGUCUUCGUUUCCAAUACACGUACUACGUGCCACAGGCACCGAAGCCAGGACCCCGUCUUCCACUUUCCAGCGACUCCCUCCCGCAACCUGGAGCCGACCCCGCGCACAUCGAAGACAAACUGGAAAUGGUCUCAGUGGGCCAGAUGCUACAACGCCGAGACAGGAUUCAGAAAAACGAGCCCGCUAUCCACGAGAGUAUCUCUGCGUUUGACACGGCGACCAUGGCGGCUAUCACUACUGGAGCUACAGGGACAUUCUUGGAUACGAUCCAGUCAACGGGGAAUACUGUUUGUGGGCGACAUCCGAUUGGGGUUAUUAUGGCUGGGAUUGAGGAGUUGACGCACGAGGGCGAGCGGGGAAAGUUUCAUUUUGUGAGGUACGAGCGUAGUUCAGACGCGGUUGAAGUGUCGGAUAGUUCUGUGAGUUAUGUGUCUGCGUUUGCCGUGCUGUAG